GUUAGGGUUUCUUCUUAGCGUACCUCCUGCUGUUUUAAUCAUUUCUUCUAAGCAGGGCUUUCUAUUAGAAUACCUAAUUUCUUUUAAUUCGAUGAAAUUCGAGCCUCCUCCAAAGCGGAAGAAAGUCGAUCCCGAUUUGUCGUCCAGCACGUCCCAUGGCAAAUCUAUUGUGAACUUACCGUCUGGAAACAGAGACGAGGGUACGAGGAAAGAAGCAGCGGUUCAUGAGACUCAGACAAGCGAAGCCGUUCUGAAGAUUCAACAGGCGAGGAAUUAUGCAGUGGCUCAGGCCCAGCAGGAUGGUUGCGCGGGUAAUUUUAGAAUAUUUGACUCACCUUUUGGGAAUUAUCUCGUCCCUGUUAUUCCAUCUCGUUCGGAACUCGGUGGAUGAAUGAAUCUAAGCUAAUUUUGUUUGUGCCAAGAGCCUCCAGAAUGGAAAUUACUUGCUUGCCUAAGAAUUAUUGCUGUUGAUAUUGCCCGUACUAUAUACGAAUUCGGUUUAAUGGGCUUGACUUAUGUGGUGUGUUGCUUGAUUUUGUUUCGAGUUUGCUCAAUAGUCCAGAGUUAUUUUUUCGUUGGCUUCUAGCGUAGCAAACAAGAAUAAGUCCACCAGUUGUCGUGAGGAACCUUUUUGGUUUUUGCAGAGGAAAUGUACUUUAAAUGCUAAUGAUGUUGAAAUUCUUCUGUUGGGAAGAUUUAUUGAUUAUGAUUUUGUUUAUGAGUAUCAACAAAGCUGCUAAUGGGGUCCAAGUGGUGUCUUUCUGUUAAACUAUCGACAUGUUCCAUAUCUAUGCUUCUAUUCUGUAUUAAAGAUCUUUGCAGGUCUCACCUCUCGCCAUGUGGCAGGCGCUGGUCCCCUUUUCAUUUCACUAAGUUUUGUUAAGAAACGGCGUCAUUCAAAUGACACAUGUUGGAGAGGCUAUACGACAUAGUUCAGAAGGAUCUAUGGCUCUUUGUGCAAAAAAUUGAAGCUUUUUUCUGUCGCUCACUUUUUACUUAUCCAAAAUUAAGUGGUAUUUUUUUGCCAGAAAUUCAGCGGCUGGAAUUUCAAUUAUGUGCAGCAUAUUGAAGAUUAGGACUGUUGUUUUAGAUUUGAGAAAAAUAAAAUACUUCAUUCUCCUCACAGGAUCUCUGACUGAUGAAUCGGUUUAUUGGGGAAUCGACAAAUUGUGAGUUGUUUCAGUUUAUUAAGGGUAAUUGUUUUCCUAGCAGGUUAGAUAUUCGUG